AUGCACUACAAGGCACACAUCGACUCCGGGGAGCCCACGCGCCCCUUCAAGUACGUGUUCAUACAGGCUCUGGAGAACCCCAUGUUCGAACAAGAGCUGCAGCGCUGGGGUCUAAGCAAGGAGAACGUCCGGGCUGUGCUUGCUGCCCGUGGCAGGGACUUCAUUGUGCUCCUUCGCACUGGCUUGGCUGCCGUCGGACUGACGCUCGCCGGGCUGGAUGGCAUCAUAGGCUUGCUGCUGCUCCCAGUUUGGGUCUCCCUGGUGGCAGCGAUUGUCGCCUUCAGUAUCUUGGGUGACUGGAAGGCUGCCGUUCUGUAUGUAGGCGUUCUGGUGGAGAAGUGCGACCUGACACGCUUUGUGGAUCUGGGGCUGUCGGACACUGGCAAGGACUUGACCAAGAGAGUGGCGAAUCUGCCGAGAGAGCUGCCUUUCAAGAUGAAGCCGGCCGAAGAAGAGGCUUUGCAGAAGCAGAUGAUCGGCGCGGGAGUGUGCUUGGUGGCUUGGUUUGUGGCUCGAACUUUGCGGGGCUGGCUCUAUCCACCAGAGGAGGAGGAGACCGAGGAGACGCCGGAGGAAGCCGCGCGGCAAGAGCUGCUGGCCUGGCAGCAGCAGCGCAAGGCCAGCCAUGUGGUGACGGGCCUGAGGCCUGGCCCAUGGUUUAACGCCCGGAUGGAGGCUUGGAAGGAGCUGAAGAAAGCCCUGAAGCAGGGGCAGAUUACCUUCAGCAAGAAGGCCGAGAAGGACCCUGCGUUGAGUGGCUUGGCAGCAGAGAUCAAUCUCGGGGAUGCGAAGGAUCUGCACGAUGGCGACGGCAAGGGCACGCCCAUCUACGCCAAUUUCAAGUACGAGGACUGGAUCGUGCUCUCCUGGCGUUAUGAGCUGCACCUUCUUUGCCACGCCUUCCUCGCCGACGUCGAUGAUCCGGAACGGCGGGGCAUCCCCGAGGGGCACGUGGAGCACUACUGGAAGCUCUACUACCACCACCACUUCGACCCGAGGUUGGGGGGGCCGUGGGGCGUGCGCCGUGCGAACCCCCGGCGCGCCCUCCGCACGCCCUCCGCGCGCCCUCUGCGUGGUCUCCGCGCGCCACGCACCCUCCGCACUUUCUGCGGCCUCCGCGCCCUCCGUGCGCCCCCUCUGUGCGGCCCUCCGCGCACCCACGGCCCCUCCGCGCACCUCCCCUCCGCACGCCCUCCGCACGCCCUCCGCACGCCCUCCGCACACCCUCCGCGCGCCCUCCGCACGCCUCUGCGGAGCGCGCCCCCGCUCCGCGCGCCCUCCGCGCGACCCCCCGCCCCGCGGCGCCUCGCGCGCUCUCCGCCGCCCUCCUGUGCGCCCAUCGUGCAGCCCUCCGCGCUUUCUGCGGCCUCCGCGCCCUCCCGCGCCCUCCGUGCGCUCUCCGCGCGCCCUCUGCGGCCUCCGCGCCCUCCGUGCGCCUUCCGUGCGCCCUGCGCGCACCCCCGCGCCCUCCGCGCCCUCCCCUCCGCGCCCUCCGCGCCCUCCGCGCCCUCCGCGCCCCCGCCCAGGUUGUUUUUGCAAAACAAGGCUCUAACGAGCGUGUCCCUCUAA